AUGACUAGGUCAGUUUCUCCAAAAGUUAGGGCUCUUGUCGAUCGUAUCAUUAGAGUUGAUCAUGCAGGAGAGUUAGGUGCCAACAGAAUUUAUCAAGGACAGCUUAUGGUACUUGGGAAAUCAAGUAUAGGUCAUAAAAUAAAGGAAAUGCAUGAUCAAGAAGCGGAACAUUUGAAAAAAUUCCAGGAGCUUAUUCCUAUUCAUAGAGUCAGACCUACAUUACUUUUGCCUUUGUGGAGCAUUGCUGGGUUUACACUUGGUGUGGGAAGUGCGCUUUUAGGUUCAAAAUGUGCUAUGGCCUGUACCGUCGCUGUCGAGUCAGUGAUAUCUGAACACUACAAUAAUCAAAUUCGUGAACUUGUUGAAAGUGAUCCUGAAACUUAUCAGGAAUUGCUGCAGACAUUAGCCCAGUUUCGGGAUGAAGAAAUGGAGCAUCAUGAUACAGGCCUUGAACAUGAUGCUGAACAGGUUCCGUUCUACAAUAUCAUGUCUCAAAUAAUAAAAGCGGGUUGUCGAGCAAGUAUUUUUUUGGCUGAACGUAUUUGA